CUGAUGAGAAUGUACCGUAGAUGCGAGAAACCAAAAACAAAGAAAUAUAAAUAUCUGUAGACCCAUUUUGGUACAAAAAACAGAAUGCAGCGCCGCCUUAAUUGGUAAAGCUAAAGGGAACAACGAAUGCAAAGUACAAUGCAAGAAUCAUUGUGUGUGCGCGCAUAUGGAUGUGUAUACAAGAAAAUUUGAAAUGAUGAAAGUUACCACCGCCAUAAACAUGGAAGUUGACAGAAUUCCAGAUUCAAAAAUUUCAACGAAAACAACUACAAUUGUCGGGUAUAAUAUCAACGUAAACGACAACAACACCAGCAAUAGCAAUAUCAAGCGAAAUUUCCUAAUAUUACCACAACAAUGCUUGCCUUUGACGGUAAAAGGGCAACAAAAAAUUAUGAAAACUUUUAGAAACUGUAAAAGAGUCUGCCAACGCAAUUGUAAACCAAAAAAAGUGUACCGAGAUAAUCGAAAUGAGAACAAUUCGUUGACGACGUUUAAAUGGUGUUAAAUUUAGUGGUUUUAGUAAGAAAAGACUUUUUCUUUUUUAUUUUUUGCUUUGGAGGAGCAAACACCCAUUAAUAUGCAACGAUUGCGUACAACAUUUACGCGUUCGCGUACUCCAACAGGAGCUGAAAUGAAAACGCAAACCAGUCUUGAAGUUCCAAAACAGGUACGUUCAGCUUCUUUUGAUGAAAUGCAACUGGAAGCGCAACGUAUGUCUGCAUUGGAAGAGGAACGUUCUUCGGCUGGUGGCUUUUUAAAAGUACCACAAGCAUCACAUGCCCAACGCUCGCAUUCAUUCGAUUCGGCUGCGGCUUCGGUGGGUAGUGAUGAUUCUGGCACGUUUCUGGAAGUUCCACGACAUUCGGCCAAAAGUCGUCGCAGCUCAUCGACGAAAACUCCCCCUCCUUGUAUACAUUGUUACUAUUUGGAAGAGUUCGAGCGGCAGCGAAACGAAGAGCAACAUUACCUUUUAGCUGAUCGUGAUGUUAGCACGAUAAGUUAUAGUUUCACGAGUUCGGAGGCUAGUGAAGAUGAUAACGAUCAAGAUGCUGACAAUGAUAAUGUCGACGACGAUGAUGAUGCCACCGAUGAAGAUGUCAAUCAAUGCGGUGAAGAUGAGCAAGUGGGUGGCAUUAUAGAUGUAUAUGAUGACGCCGCUUUAGAAAUGGAUAUUCGUUUGGGUGGCAUUGGUGGCCAUUUAGACGAAUCCCGUACUCGUAUGCCGCGACAAAUGCGUAGACAUACAAUUGGUAGUUCAGUGACUACAUCCGAAGACGAAGGUCUCGAAGAAUCUGACCAUGGAUCACCACAUUUUGGUAAUACGCUUCUCCCGCCACCGCCUACAAAACUUUGCGGCAUUACUUUUACACUUUCGCCUACUAACGAUGAUUACCCGCCCUUUCCAUCUACAUUUCCAAUUGAACCGGGUUCACCCCCUCCUUCACCCGCACUAUCUUUGUCGAUUUGCGGUAGUCCUAUGCUAGAACUACCACCACCGCCGCCGCCGUUAUCGUCUUUAGAAUUACUGCCACCAACACCUGCACUCGAUUUGCCUUUACCACCUCCGCCCGCCUUUAGCACAACCACUCAACCUGCCUCUACAGCAAUUAACGACGAAUCGUCGGCCGCCGCAGCACUUGCUUCGCCUUCUACACAACGACCCCGCAGACGUUCAAUAUCACGACAAGAAGCCAUUUUUGUAGAGCCUACUGGCAAUUCACUCGAAAAUGUAUCGCAAGAAGAAAAACAUAAAUCUUCAGUAGAUGCCAUCGAUUCAGUAGAUGAGAUUUCGACAAUGGCCACCUGCGGUUCACCGACAUCAGCCAAGCAUACUCUGGUAGUUCGUGAUAUUUACUUAACUGUACCUGAUUUAAAGCGUGAUCGUGCUGCCUCAGUCGAUUCGUGUUUCUCAAAAGUGUCCUCAGGCAAUAAAACGGAAGAAUUGCAAGCGCAUGAAGAUGGUUGUUUUCUCACGGUACCCAACACAAACGCUACACGUUCGCGUUCUGUGGACAUUGUUUUACCAACAAAUGAGCAGGCCCGUUACAAGGCGUUAGCUAUGGCUGGUACAGCGGGCAUGUACGGAGACGGAAGAACUGGCGCAACCAGCAAUGCCCGACGACCGAUACGUAUCGUGCCCGAUUGGACGGAAAAUGCCAUACAGGGGGAGCACUUUUGGAAACCCACCUCGGCGUCAGGCGACUUAUGUUGCCUCAACGAGGAAUGUAUUAAAAGUGGACAACGCAUGAAAUGCUCGGCAUGCCAAUUAAUCGCGCAUCAAAAUUGCAUUCCAAUUGUUAAUGAAAAGACUCAAUUAGCAUGUAAGCCAACAUAUCGUGACGUAGGUGUAAGACAAUACAGGGAACAAGCGGUUACCCAUCAUCACUGGGUGCAUCGUAAAAUGGAAAAAGGCAAAUGUAAACAAUGUGGAAAGGCUGUGCAAGGUAAACUAUUCGGUUCUAAGGAAAUUGUUGCAUUAUCUUGUGCCUGGUGUCAUGAAGUUUAUCAUAACAAGGAGUCAUGUUUUAAUCAAUCGAAAAUUGGCGAAAUCUGUACAUUGGGCAACUAUGCACCUAUUAUUGUGCCACCAUCUUGGAUUGUAAAGCUUCCCAGCAAAGGUAAUUUUAAGUCGUCGAUACGCGUUAAUAACAAAAACAACGCAAGUAACGCCAGUAAAAAAAUGAAAAACGCCAAUAAACGUAACAAACAACAACAACAAAAAGAAGAACGCAAAGAACAUCGAGCGUUCAUAGUAAAACCGAUACCAUCAACCGAAGUGAUACCAGUGAUUGUGUUCAUUAAUCCGAAAUCGGGUGGUAAUCAAGGUGUGAAACUUUUGGGAAAAUUUCAACAGCUAUUAAAUCCACGACAAGUAUUUGAUUUAACACAAGGUGGACCAAAAAUGGGUUUGGAAAUGUUUCGUAAAGCUCCCAAUUUACGAGUAUUGGCCUGUGGUGGUGACGGAACUGUUGGUUGGGUUCUCUCUAUUUUGGAUCAAUUGAAUCCGCCCAUAGUUCCGGUUCCGGCAGUUGGAGUUUUGCCGCUAGGCACCGGUAACGACUUAGCCAGAGCAUUAGGUUGGGGCGGUGGUUAUACCGAUGAGCCUAUCGGUAAAAUAUUACGCGAAAUUGGUAUGUCGCAGUGUGUUUUAAUGGAUCGUUGGCGUUUAAGGGUCACCACGAAUGAAGACGUCGCCGACGAUCAAGUAGACAAGAGUAAAGAUAAUGUACCGUUGAAUGUGAUUAAUAAUUAUUUUUCAUUCGGUGUGGAUGCCCAUAUUGCUUUGGAAUUUCAUGAGGCUAGAGAAGCUCAUCCAGAAAAAUUCAAUUCACGUUUACGUAAUAAAAUGUAUUAUGGGCAAAUGGGUGGUAAAGAUUUAAUUUUACGACAAUAUCGUAACCUAUCACAAUGGGUUACGUUGGAAUGCGAUGGCACUGAUUAUACGGCUAAGCUAAAGGACGCUGGAUGCCAUGCUGUAUUAUUCUUAAAUAUUCCUAGUUACGGUGGCGGCACACAUCCAUGGAAUGAUUCGUUUGGCCAAUCAAAGGCCGCCAUCGAUGACGGUCUUAUGGAGGUUGUUGGCUUGACCACCUAUCAAUUGCCGAUGCUGCAAGCAGGUAUGCAUGGCACUUGUAUAUGCCAAUGUCGUACGGCACGCAUUGUCACCAAUCGCACUAUACCGAUGCAAGUGGAUGGCGAAGCCUGUCGAGUGAAACCCUCUAUUAUUGAAAUGGAAUUGUUAAAUAAAGCCGUUAUGCUUGCCAAACGCAAACAAGGCCGUGCUGACGUUCAAGUCAAUCCGUUGGAGAAACUACAAUUGAUCAUAUUACGGCUAAGCAUGGAUCAAUAUGAGCGUUAUCAUUAUGACAAAGAUAUGUUACGUAAGGUGGCCAAUAAAUUGGGUAGAAUAGAAAUUGAAUCUCAAUGUGAUCUGGAGCAGGUACGAAAUAUGUUGAACGCCAAAUUUGAGGAAUCGAUAGCCUAUCCUCGGGUAUCACAGGAUUGGUGCUUCAUUGAUUGCUGCACAGCUGAGCAUUAUUUUCGUAUUGAUCGCGCCCAAGAACAUUUGCACUAUAUUUGUGAUAUUGCCGUUGAUGAACUGUAUAUAUUAGAUCAUGAAGCAGCCACCAUGCCACAGACGCCCGAUCAAGAACGUUCCUUUGCUGCUUACUCUCAGCGUCAAACACAAAAUGAUCGCCGCAAUAUCGAACAUGGAGAACGUUCGGGUAGUACUGAUGACGAUGAAUUAGAAAUGGGCUUCAGAUCAAUUAAAGUUCAAAAAUGGAAGAGCAGAGAAGAUCGUUUAUUCAGUUUCAAUGAAGAGGUUUUUGGUUAUGGAUUCAGUUCUGUUUUGGAGCAAACUUCCGAUGCCGUACUAUUAGCAGCUCAAAGUGGCGACUUACUUAUGUUACGUGCACUACAUGAACAAGGAUACUCAUUGCAAUCAGCCAAUAAAAAAGGGCAAACUGCUUUACAUUUUGCCUGCAAAUAUAAUCAUAAGGAUAUUGUUAAGUACACUAUAUUGCGUGCAUCACGUCGUCUUAUUAAUAUGGCAGAUAAUGAAAGGGGUCAAACAGCAUUGCAUGUCGCUGCCGAACAUGGUAGACGUGAUAUAAGUGUUAUGCUGGUGGCAGCCGGUGCUAAUAUUGAGGCACGUGACUUGUCUGGCAAUACUCCAAUGAUGACAGCAUUCAAUAAGGAAUUUUAUGAAGUAGCGACCUAUUUGGAAUGUCAAGAAAGAUUUUUGCACAUGAAUAUACAGAAUAGAAAAUAAUUCGCUUUAAUAUUGAACAACUCAUGUGUUAAAAUAUAA